AUAUUUUCUGCGCGCGCAGCCUGUGUACCGGUCGAUUGGAAAGUAAAUGCAACGUGGGAAGGGAUUUGUACGGGUGUUGUAUCGGUUGUCAGGUGUCCACGUAAGAGCUGAGGUUUGCCACAAGGUCCAAAAAUAUCCUGUCCGUCCAAUUGGGUCACGAUCUCUUCAUUUGUCAUCUAGAAUCAUGGCGUACAACACGAUUGAACGAGGUCAACUUAACACGGCCACCUACAAAGUGUUUAUCACCAAUGCAGAAGGUCAGCCAAUCUCUGCAUUCCAUGACAUUCCAUUGUAUGCCGAUGCUGAAAAUAAAAUUUGUAAUAUGGUUGUUGAAAUCCCCAGAUGGACCAAUCAUAAAAUGGAGAUCAGUAAAGAUGAUGAAUUAAACCCUAUAAAACAAGAUGUAAAGAAAGACAAGGUUAGAUUUGUAAAGAACUGCUUUCCUCACCAUGGUUACAUCUGGAACUAUGGAGCCCUUCCUCAGACAUGGGAGGACGUAGAUCAUGAAGAACCAUCAACAGGUACAAAGGGAGAUAAUGACCCUUUAGAUGUCUGUGAAAUUGGACAACAAGUACAUAAAAGAGGAAGCAUAAUACAAGUAAAGAUUUUAGGAGUUAUGUGCCUUGUUGAUGAAGGAGAAACAGAUUGGAAAGUUCUAUGUAUAGAUGUUAAUGACCCGUUAGCGCCACAAUUAAAUGAUGUAGCUGAUAUAGAUACACACAUGCCAGGUUUUAUUCAGGCAACACGAGAAUGGUUCACUGUUUACAAGAUUCCAGAUGGUAAACCUGCCAACCAGUUUGCUUACAAAGGAGAAGCCAAGGAGAAGGCAUUUGCUUUACGUGUUAUUGAUGAAACUCAUCAACAAUGGCAGAGACUUGUCAGUGAUCAACAAGCUACUAGAGGAACACUGCAAUGUAAGAAUUUGUCAGUUGCCAGCAGCCCAUAUAGAAUAGAACAAGCAGAUACCAAAGCCAUCAUAGAUAAGGAACCUGCUGUAUCUGCCCCUGCUGAAUUACCUGAAGAUGUUGACAAGUGGCACUAUAUUCAAUCAAGUAACCUGUGAGAUGGGUCAGCAAUAACAUGAACAACUUUGUGAUCUUAUACGCAGCUACUUACAAAAAAAAAAUCCUUACUUAUAUAUAUCAUGUGAAUGAAUAGUAGUAAUACACCGUACACUAGCAAAGGGAUUAUCUGGACAUCAAUAUAGUGAACAAUAUUAUAUACUUGUUGGUUGAGGACAUCAACACUUGACAUUUAUUUAUUUUAUUUUUUUUAGAUAAAAGGAGUUACAGAUUGAUAGCUUAUUGAUAAUAGUACAUAUCUACAAUAUAUGAUGCAAGUUCAAUCAUUACAUGUUAAUAUAGAAAUCAUGAAAAUUACAAACGAAUGUUUAAUUUAUUUUCAUACCAUGUUGUUACAUGUAAUCAGAAUUUGAUUCUUUGCUUCAGAACUUAAUUCAAGCUUAAAAUGUGUUCCCUGCUUUUUGCUUUCUAUGAAUUAAUUGAAAUGAUUUUUCCUUAGGGCCUUUGUAUGUUUUGCAACUUAAGACUGUGCCAGCUAAAAAAACUGGCCUUUUAAUAAGAUUUUUUGCUCAAAAAGUGACAAGUAUGGUUCUUCUUUACUGUGUACCUAUGCAAAAUGUCUGAAACAAAUUUGCCGUUACAAAGGAACCAUAUAAAAUCAUAACAUUUUACAAAUAUAAACAUGAAAUAAUAAUAGUUAUACAUUGAAAAAUUAAAAUGCUAUAUUGAAAUGUAUUUAUUUUUGUUGUCUGUCACUUUAAUAUUGAUAUUUUGAAGUAAGUAGAUUUGUCUUACAAUAGAAAAAAAAGAUUUUUAUGAUAUAGAACAUACAGAACCAACCUAAAUUGUCUUUGUAUGGAAAGUUGCAAACAUUUUUGUAAGUGUGGCCUAGUUGUUAAAUGAUAAUCAGUUAACAGAUGUAGAUGUGGUGCAAGAAAUUUUUUUGAUGUUUUACUUUAUUAUAUUGCUCAAAUAAAUGACAAUUUAGUUGAAGGAUGACAUGGUAACAAAAAUCUUUCAUAUUUUUUUACUUUAAUUUUGUUUGUCUUCCAUGCUUUUUCACUUUUCAAAAAAUGAGGGGUUUGUGUUGGGGAUAAUCUUGCCAAAUAAUGAAACCUCACUUUGUUUACAGUCUGCUUAAAUGAGAAGCAACUGCUUAAUGUUAAUAAGGUUAAAGUUUGUGAUUUUUGUUUUAUGAAAUUAGUCAACUUUGUAGUUAAGUACUAAUAUGACUACAUAAUUUUUCAUCUUAAGGGAGUUAACAUUGUCCAAUAAUGCUAUGAUUUUCUAUUUAAAUUUUAUGUGGCUGUAUUUUUGUACUGAACUUAUUCUGACUUGUAUUUUAAACUACAUCUAACGAUACAAUAACUGGUAACACUGCACAGAUAUAUAGGCUGGCCUAGUUCUAUAUUUAUGGCGUACAUCAACCCUGUACAGUGUUGGGAUCUACAGGUUAAAGUUCAUUUGGUUACGACACGGUUUUACUUGUAACUCUUAACAUGUCUUCAAAUCUUAAAAAUUUUACACUAAAGUGAUCAAAGUUUACAAACCAAAACAAAAAGUCUUGCAAUAAUUAUAGUUUAUUCUUCAAGGAAUUAUCGUGAGCCUUAGUUUAAAUGUGAUUAUUAUUUCAACAGUCACCUUAUUUGGCAGACUCAUUUAUAUAUGGUCUUGCAUUUAGUUGUGUUUUUUAUAGAUUUUUUUGAAAUAUAGUAAUAGUUGUAUUGUUUAGUGUAAAAGUAAAAACCUUGUUCACUCAUUCUUAUUUACAUGGAUGAUUAACUCUAUAAUAAUCAUUAUAUGAUUCUAAAUAUAUACAAACUCUUUAUGAUAUUCCUUUGUUUAGUUAGAAAGAUAUAUUUGUAAGCUAUUUACAGUUACAUUUUAUUAUGAUAAUAAAAACAAUUUCAUUCAUUUGUCAGUGAUAAUAAGUUAUUUGUAACCCUGUCAUAACUAGAACUUUUGUUAUGGCCAAAUGUGCGCAUGAAUUUUUUUCCAAGUAAAUUGUGAUUUUUGUCUUGUUUUAUAAAGAUGAUAAAAAUUUAAUGAGGGUAUUUCAAACACAUCUGUUUCUUUUUCUUAUUUUACUGUCAUUACUGUGUAAUAUAAUGUAAAAAUAAAAGACACCCACCUGUUACAAUCAUAAAAAAUGUUUAAAAAAAAUUGAGAAUGAUUUGUUGAUGGAGAAAAUAAAAUUUAAUAUAAACUG